CGAGCCAGAGAGGGCAGUGGUACUCAAACAGCAGAAUCCAGACACUGGAUUGUCUUAGGACGUCUUUCUGUUUCAUCAUAUUGUGGCCAGUGUUGUAAUCAGUGCCUCCAUGUCAUCGCCGUGCCUCAGCACUGUUCUGACUCAUGCUAACCUAACCAUGUAUCAGACUGGUUUGCCAGAUGUGCUGCAACAUCAGGCCACUAUGCUUUCCAGCAUCAGUCCGCUGCAAAUCAGCAAUCCAGCAUACAGUUCCAACAUAGCUGGUCAGGGGUACAGGCAGAUCAGCCCUAAUUACUGGACAGCAGAUCAUGUGUUGGAGUGGAUCAGUGACCAAGUAGAGAGCACCAAGUUCGAUGCAAACACCCUUAGUCUGGCAAACUGUGCCAUGGAUGGCUCCGCCCUUUGCCAGAUGAACCGGGAGCAGAUGAUUGGGAUCUUUGGUGUGCAGCUUGGCCCACACCUCUAUCAGAGUCUACAGGAGCACAAGAGCAAAAUGCCUGAGAUGCAGAUGUUAUCAGGACAAGAACUGAACGAGACCUGCCAGCUCUUGGACAACUUCUUGGACAACCUUGGACAGAACUUUCCUCUACUCAGCACAAUUAAAAUUGGUCAAGCUGAAGAAGCUGUCAACAAAAGAGAAUUUGACUAUCAGGAUGACUAUGAUCUGACUACUCUGACCAUGGAACCAAUGACACCACUGAGAGACACUGGCUACCUGUCUGAUAAUCAUUCUGACAGCGAGUACAGCUCCUCCUCCAACACUGGCAUGUUUGGCUUUCCAAGCAUCGGUUCACCAGAGUCUGGCAGCAGCGAAUCUGACCCCGAGUUCUCUUACCCUCCGAUUUCAAAAGUGUACAUCAAGCCAGAGAAUGGAGAGUCCCGAUUGAAACGACCACGGGGGCGACCUCCUAAAGUCAGCAGAGAGCACAGCAGCAACAUAUAUGACAAUCCAAAGAAAAACAAACAUGCACCUCGUGGCACUCACCUGUGGGAAUUCAUCAGAGACAUUCUGAUCCACCCAGAAAAGAAUCAGGGCCUAAUGAAAUGGGAGGACCGCCGUGAGGGUGUCUUUAAGUUCCUCAAAUCUGAAGCUGUGGCUCAGAUGUGGGGCCAGAAGAAGAAAAACAGCAGCAUGACAUAUGAAAAGCUCAGCCGUGCAAUGAGGUAUUACUAUAAGAGGGAGAUUCUGGAACGAGUCGAUGGCAGGAGGCUUGUAUACAAGUUUGGAAAAAACUCCAGUGGCUGGAAGAUUGAGGAGAUUGGUAUGACUAUAUAAGACAUUAGUUACUAAGUGGGUAAGAACUGAAAAGCCAGUCAGAGCAGCAGUUCAGCAACUAUAAAUGCCUAACCAUGUUGCCUGUCUGAAAAAAUCCUUGCUGCCCCAAAUGUUUAAGACACUAACUUCCUUUAGAAGGAAGGUGUUACAGAAAAUGUAAGCCAGUGUUUAUGGCUCUAGUAGGUUUUAUGAACCAAUAUGACGUUUCACGUGUUUUUAAAUUGUUUUAGAUACUUGUGAGUGCAAGUACCUACAGUAAAGGCUGAAAAAGCAAACCUCGUACAGAUGAACAGAUUUUACUCUGGUAUUUACUUGUUUUUGUUGAUGCAGGACUCUCGUCUUCAUUCGCUACUGUAGCACUAUAAACAUCUUUUCUGUCAUUUUCCCAUAUCACAGUUUUUUUUUCACGUGAAAAACAUU